AUGUUCGAGUUUGCGGACGACGAUAGUGCGAGCACCGAUGGAGAGGAGGAGGUGAGAGUGGUGGGGACGGAGACGGCAGACUGCGUGCCGUUUGUUCUUCACAGGGAGGAUGUGGAGGUGCUGGCGCAAUCCGAUGGGUUCACGAUCUUGCGAAAUCACCUGGCCGAUACAUACGACUAUGUACUCUGCCAACAUCAUCAAUUCAAAGGCGAGGUGGAGGUAGCCUCGACCAUGCUGGUGCGCGACAUCCUCCACGCCCUCCUGGUGCCCGUCGUCGAGCUCUUCGACAAAGCCGUCGCCCUCGCCAUGGACACGACCUCCGCGACCAACGUCGAGGACCUCGAAUACGCCUUCGCCGGCCAGGGGCGCAGCGCCUUCCUCUGGCUCCAGUGCUUCCUGGCGGCCGACGCGGAGCGCGACUGGUGCUACACCACCGGCUGCCCCGGCUGCGUCAUCGAGCACUCCCUCGACUCCGAGUUUUGCGUGCGCAUGCUGUACGCCGCGUGCCUGCUGAGCGACGUGCACUACCCCUUCACCCUCGACGGCCCCAAGCUGCCGAGUUUCAGCUUCUUCCUCGGCUCGCUGGAGAGUGCGCUUGCCAAGGAUGCGCUCUAUGGCGAGGACUUCUUCGAACGCAUGCAGGCCAAGGCGGCGGCGACGCGGAACGGGAUUGAGGAGUUGAUCCAUCAGUGCAUCGAGCUGGAGCUGAGUUUGAGCCAAAGCCAAACCGCGGUUUCCACGCCGGAACUGGAGAACUCGAUGCUGCAGCCUCUCAGUCCCGCCACGUCGAACGGGUCCGGGCGGGUGCGGGUGCAACGCGGGUAUGUCGCGCGCCGACAGAAAAGUCUGCAGCUGGAGGAGGAGCAGUGGAUGACGGAAAUGCUGAAGAAGUGCUGGAUUGAGAUGCAGAGUGGCGAGCAAGGCACGUCCGCCCGACCUACCGUUGACUCGAAAGUCGUAGGCGAGACUGUGGUUGCUGUGGACGAGAUUCCGGCGGUGGCAUGA